AUGAAAAUCGUAAUUAGAUAUUAUAAUGACUGGGGAAUUUUGAAUGUUGAGUAAUUAAAAAUCUCAUCGAAAUAUAAAAUAUCUGAAUUGUAUGAUUAAGUAUCAAAUUUGACAGGAAUUGAUUAAAAUCAACUUAAAUUGAUUUUGAUAUAAACAAAUGAGAAAGUAACAUUUUAGAUUAAGAAGAUUGUUCUUGAUGAAUUAAACCUUUACAUAUGUGAUUAUUAGAUUUAAUAAGGAUCUGCCAUAUUUGCAUAAAAAACAACUGAUCCUUUUUCUGAUAUGGCAUCUUCAUUUUCAUCAUAAUUUGAUCCCUCACAAUUUCUUGAUACUUCAGCUAAUUCUAUUCCUGAAUAAGAGACUAUAUUUUAAUUAAUUAGAUUGUCUCUUUUAAGUGAUCUAGAACUCUUUUUAGAAGAUAGAAAUGAUAGAUUAUAAUUGAUAAAUGGAAUUGAAUUGACAGGAUGGAAUGCACUUCAUUUAGUUACAUUUUUAGGAGAUGAGAAGAUGUAUUUAUGGUUAAUAAGUUCUGGAGGGGAUAUUUCUAUACUCUCUAAAGAUGGAUGGAAUUGUUUAUAAAUAGCAAUUUGGUAAUCAAAUAUUAAAAGUAAAUUAUUUAAAUUUUAACUAGCUUAGUGA